AUGACUAGUCAAAUAUUAGAUCUAGUAAGGCGCUUUAAGGUCUUAUGUGAAAGGAAUCCAGACAAGUCAGAGGCUGUUGUUGCUAUUGAAGUCCUUGCGCAACUUCAUGAAUGUUCCGAUGUCACAACCGUCCAAGGUCUUCAUGAUGUAAUGAAUGCAGCCAUAGAACGUAUGUGGAAAGAGGGAGUUAGCAAUCUUUCCGUUAUAUCAGCUUGUGAAUUAUUCCAGCGUUUUAUUACUCUAGCAACACUGGAUACAGUCGAUUUUGAUGAGUGUAAAAGAGUUCUUUCUGAGAGAGCCCAGAUAUUUAUCAGAAAGGUCGGUUCAUGUAGGCGAAAAAUAGCAGAAAACUCCCUGAAUUACAUCCCCAAUGGUUCAGUGAUAUUCUUGCAUUCUUAUUCCCGUGUUGUUCUUGCUGCACUGGAAUAUGCUGCAUCUACUCAAAAGCGUCUUCAUUGUUAUGUGACAACGUGUGCACCUAGCGGGCUGGGUGCAAAAAUGACGAAAGCGUUGGCUAAAUUAAAAAUUUCCUGUACUCUUGUUCCAGACAACUCUCUUGCUUACUUGAUGCCACAAGUCGACCUUGUUGUUUUGGGGGCUGAAGCUGUAGUGGAAAGUGGUGGAAUAUUAAAUAUGCUUGGUUCUUCACUAAUUGCAAUGACAGCAUCUUCAUUUGGUAGACCAGUUUAUGUGCUUGCAGAAUCUUUUAAAUUUAUGCGAUGUUAUCCUCUUGAUCAGCGUCAUAUUCCUGAUGAGUUCAAAUGGUCUUACGAUCACGAGUGUGGAUCAUUAUCACCGUCAGCUCUAUUAAUUUUAAGAGAUGGGAACAACUGUUUAACUCAGGAUGAAAAUAAUUGUGAUUUUCCAGAAAUGAAAACAGCAUGGGCUGAUGUUGAAGCACAAAGAGUUCCUGUAAUUGAACAAAAAAUGCCUCGAGUAGACUAUACAAGUCCAUGUUACAUUAAUUAUCUUAUAACAGAUCUAGGUGUCUUAACACCUUCAGCUGUUAGUGAUGAAUUGAUUAAAUUGUAUUUAUAA